AUGCCACUCAAUUCAAAAGCAGUCUACUCCAAACUCAACGGGGACUUCGUCCCGUUCUCCAGCCGGAGAAGUACCGUCCAUAGUACCAAAGGUAUUGUCUCGUGCACGCAACCUCUAGCCGCGGCUGCUGGACAGAGGAUUCUGAAGGAGGGUGGAAAUGCUGCUGACGCCGCCGUAGCCGUAGCAGCAGCACUAAACAUCACGGAACCAAGCUCCACCGGCAUUGGCGGUGACAUGUUCUGUCUAUACUACGAUUCCAAAACCAAGAAGAUCAGUUCUCUUAAUGGUUCUGGUCGCUAUGCCGGCAAUGCGAGCAUCGAGAAGGUCCGGAGUGACUUGAAUAUUGCGCCUGAGAACCAGGGUGGCUGUAUUCCCAUGUCUAGUGCUCUGGCGGUGACUGUCCCCGGUGCUGCGGCGGGGUGGGUUGAUACGGUUGAGAGGUUUGGAAGUGGUAAGUUGUCGUUGGAGGAGAUUUUGAAGCCGGCUAUUGAGCUGGGAGAGGAGGGGUUUCCGGUUUCGGAGUUGGCUUCUACGUUUUGGCAAGAAAGCGAGAAUCUGCUCCGCAAUGCAUCGCCGAACUUUCGGGAAAUGCUGAAGACAGAUCCCAACGGCAAAGACGGUGUUAGGAGUCCCCUGCCCGGAGAUAUCCUGAAGAACCCGACCCUAGCUCAGACCUUCCGCUCUCUAGCAGCAGAAGGCAAAAAGGGCUUCUACGAGGGCCAGAUUGCAGAGGCGAUCGUCAAGGUAGUCCAAGAUCUUGGCGGCUACAUCUCUCUUGAUGACCUUAAGCACCACGCGCAAACCGGCACUCAAGCAACAGACGCUAUUUCGCUUAAAUUCAGCGGCCAGAAUAUUGUGGAGAACCAACGCACCGGCACUGAUGACGGCAAACACCACGGUGUCGAGAUCUGGGAGCAUCCCCCUAACGGACAGGGUAUCGUCGCCUUGAUGGCACUGGGAAUCCUCGAAGAACUCGAACGCACACACAAAAUCCCACAAUUCACCGAGGACCAGCACAACUCGGCCGAAUACCUGCAUGCCGUGAUUGAAAGUCUCCGUAUCGCCUUCGCAGACUCAUCCUGGUGGGUUACAGACCCGGAUGUCGAAAAGGUUCCAACAAACGAACUCAUUUCGCAGCCCUACCUGGCUGAACGCGCCAAACUUUUCAACCCAGAUCAAGCAUCCAAUGUCCUCGACCACGGCAGCCCAGCACACAACCACUGCGACACGGUGUACUUCGCCGUAACCGACAAGGAUGGCAACGGCAUCUCCUUCAUCAACAGCAACUACGCCGGUUUUGGAACCGGAAUCAUCCCCCAAGGCUGUGGAUUUACCCUACAGAACCGCGGAUGCAAUUUCUCGCUUACAGCUGGGCACCCUAACGCCCUGGCUCCCCGCAAGAGACCCUACCACACUAUCAUCCCCGCCAUGAUUACGAACUCCACAGAUGGCUCCCUGCACUCCGUAUACGGCGUGAUGGGCGGGUUCAUGCAGCCCCAGGGCCACGUGCAAGUCCUACUGAACAUGUUAGCAUUCAAAUACCACCCGCAGGCGGCAUUGGAUGCACCACGCAUCUGUCUCGCGGCUACGUCUCCGGAGCCUGGGAAGGAUAUGGAUCGGACCGUUUUCGUUGAGGAAGGGGUUAGUGCGGAGGCUGUUGAGGGUCUGAAGAAGAUGGGGCAUAAGAUCCAGGUGUUGGAGGGGUGGAAGAGGGGGAUGUUCGGGAGGGGACAGAUUAUUCGGUGUCACCAUGAUGAUGGAGUUCUGGUGUAUAGUGCUGGUAGUGAUCCGAGAGGUGAUGGGAUGGCUAUUCCUGUGGUAUAA